AUGGAAUCUCUUGGAAGACUGCAACACUGCCACCACUUACCGUCGUUUUCAAAACCACUUUCUUCACUUAGCUUCAGAACCCGACUGUCGAUACCGUCGCCGUCGUCUAAAUCAUCAUCCAGAGCAUUUCCCUCGUUCCUAUCGUCCUCCCUUGACUCAGUUUUCCAAACUCCGCGACGGCCCAGGUCCUCACUUACCCAAAUUCUAGACCCUAUUUCCUCAUCAGUCCUUAAAACCACCUGCGUUACUCUUACCACGGCCGCUGCUUUGUUUUUCAUGCGGUUUUGCGGAAAACCUGCUAUUGCAGCUCCCAUUCCUCCGCCUACGGUGGAGUCCGUGGAGGAAUCGACGAAAGACGAAGCUUCUCGUGGAGAGAAAGAGACGGUACUUGAAGAAGAAUUGGUGAACAAUUCCAAUGAUGUUGAAGCUCUUCAAUCGCUCAUUGAGGUAAAUGUUAAGGCUCGGAAGUUUCCUGAAGCUAUUAAAAUUCUAGACCGUUUAAUAAAACUUGAGCCCAAUGAUUUAGAAUGGCUUGUGUUGAAGGCCAACGUUCAUAGUCAUGUGGGUGACUCUGAAUUAGCGAGAAAGGAGUUUCAGAAGAUUUUAGAGAAGGAUCCUUUUCAAGUUGAGGCUUAUCAUGGGCUUGUUAUGUUAACAGAAACAUCAGAUAUUGAUUCGUUGAAGGCGAUUCUGAUUAGGGUUGAAGAAGCACUGGAACAUUGCAAAAAAUAUAAAGGCAAGUCUGAGGAAAGGGAUUUUAAGCUCUUGAUAGCUCAGAUUAAAGUUAUGGAAGGAAGUUACUCUGAAGCAUUGAAAGAUUACCAGGAACUUGAGAGGGAAGAACCGAGGGAUUUUAGGCCAUACUUGUGUCAGGGAAUUCUUUAUACCCUGCUUAAGAAGAAUGAUGAGGCUGAGAAGCAAUUUGAGGUAUUUCGAAGACUUGUUCCAAAGAACCACCCUUAUAAAGAAUACUUUGAUGAAAACAUGUUUGCAACCAAGCAAUUGGUACAGCAGAUUGAGAGGGAUGCAGCCGCUUCGAAUAAUUGAUUUGUCUUUUUAUAAUAUCUUCAUGACUUUCUAGUUCUGUAACCGAUGGUUUUGUUGCUUAAAAACUGUCAUGGUUGGUUGAAAUUAAGGGAUGAAAGGUAAAUAUGUUGUUAUUCCCAUUUUAGGGAGCUUGAUGAAUGUAGUUGUUUAACUGAAGUUGCUCUUUA